UGGAAUCAGGCUUGGAUCUAAAAUCUGAAAAACACUUCAAAACGUUUUAACAAACGAAAAAGGGAAGAGUUGGAUGUGCAGGAUAGCAGAUGCCCACCUUCUGUCGGUUAAAUUUGCCUUCCUGACAGUGUUCUCUGGAUAACCUGGUGAUUUACUUUUGAAAAAUUGAGAGACCUUCAACAUGAACACAGAUAUAGGUGGAUAUGCUCGCAAACGUGCUGCCAUGUCUGUCACAUUAAGAGCUAUGAAGAGAGUCCAGAGUUCGCCAAACCUAUAUACGGUUUCAGGUAUUAACUCUAAUCAUGUCUGGAGAUCUUGUAGUGCUAAUGACGGGCUUAGAAAUGGUGAUGCAAGCAGUUCAUCUCUGGCAGCCAAGGGUUUCAGAAGUGUCAGGCCAAAUCUACAGGACAAGAAAUCUCCAACACUGGGCCAGAUGACAGUGAAUGGAAACUCAAGCAUUGCUGGCAGCCCUCUGAGUCAUUUACAAAGACCCUUCUCCCCUCCUUCAGAUUACCCUCCUCCACCACCUCUCCAUCCAAACAGUGUUGUCAUGCAACACAGCCGCAGCAUGGAAUCGCCUGAGUCCAUGACACAGGAAUCCUAUUCUCAUGGCUACACUGCAGUGAGCCCAGUUCCAAUCUGUAGGAUGACUGAAGAGGAGAAGAGAGUGUCUGUUAUUAAAGCGCCUCAUUAUUCAGGGAUUGGACCAGCAGAUGAAGCUGGCAUUCCAAUUGCUAUGAGAACGACGGCGGACAGGCCAAAGGAUUGGUAUAAGACCAUGUUCAAGCAAAUUCAUAUGGUGCACAAACCAGAUGAUACAGAUGGAAAUACAUGCAAUGCCACCAACGCAUUAAUAAAUACUGAUAAUUACAGCCCAUCAAAACCAGUGCAGGCACACCCUGCACCCAAGACACACACAUACUGGCCUUUGUCGAAGAGCAUCUCUGAUAAUGGCACUAGCGCCUUUAGGGACUCAUCGCCUUUGCCUCCCCCUCCACCACCGAUGCCAUCUCUAUCCCAGCUGAGACCACUGGAGAGGGCCAGUCCUGAAAUGAAUGAAUGGGGACCUCCAGACAGAAAAGUUGAUACCCGAAAAUACCGUGCUGAACCCAGGAGCAUUUUUGAGUAUGAGCCAGGGAAAUCAUCCAUUUUACAGCAUGAAAGACCGAUCUCUUUGUAUCACUCUUCAGUGGAGAGAACUCCAGAAAGACUAUCUAGCUCGGCAAGCGACUAUAGAAAAAGACGGAAGUCUGAGCCUUCUGUAAGUGAUCAGAGAGCACACAGAGAUCAAAAUGCAAAUCAAACCUCUCCAAGGGCUGCCGACAUACAAGAGAAGAAUAGUACACUCAAAAAGCCAUUGACUAGGUCCUCUCCCUCUUCUCCAGCUAGAGUGAAAGGUGGGAAUAUUAGCAAAAUGUACUCAUCCCUUUUAAGUUGUUCAGGUCCCAACCAGAAUGCCUCACCUGUGUUAGACUACAGUUCCGAUCACAAUCCACCUUUCCCAGUAAUUCCACUGGGCUCAAAGAGGUCAAUCAGUUUCAAGAAAAGAUGGCAAAUGAACCGGCAAAAUGCAGGAACUUGGAGUAGUGCAGAAGAAACCGUAUCGCCAAAGCUGAAGUCUCGCAGCUGCGAUGAUCUUCUGACGGAUGAACACGAGAGUUUAGCUGAAGCACAGAUGAGGUCUGAAAGUGUGGGGUCACUGAUGUGUGAUAAAGAACCCAAAUAUUCCUAUUAUAGGGUGUGCUCUGAGGGAUCAGAGCCCCGCAGACCCAGAGCACGACACAGAUCAGCACACAACGCUCCAGGAUUCUUAAAGCUGUACAGGAAGAUGCACCACAUCAACCGAAAAGACUUGUUAAGCUGUGAGGUGAUUUGCUCAGUAAAAUCCAGGAUAUUACAGUAUGAACAAGAACAGCACAAAUACAUGCUUGCAGGCUGGAGAGAGUUCAAUGGCGAGGUUCCCAGAGACAUGGUACCAACAAGGAUUUCUGAAUUUGAAAGAAUGAUCCAAAAAUCGAAAUCCAUGCCAAAUCUGGUUGAUGAAACGUUUUCUGAUGGUACUUUGGGCUCCUCUAAAAGGGGAACACGUCCCAAGCGCCGCUUUUCUAUUGAGUCAUUACUGGAUGAUGAGCAUCCAAACAGAAAUCCCACUGAGAGGCAACAACAAUGCUACAAGUCAAAAACUGUGGUGCCAAUCCACAUCGAAGUCACCAGUGAACACCAGCAACGAUCGGCAUCCCAAUUUGACUACUCGGGCAGCGAGCAUGAUCCAGUGAUGUCCGACCUCAGUGACUUUAUUCAGAUCGAGGGUUCUUCGUUUUGCAGCGAAAGUGACUUUGACCAUUUCUCCUUCACCUCUUCAGAAAGCUUUUACGGGUCAGACCACCAUCAUCAACAUCACCACCAUCACAAACACCUGGUGAGCUCCUGCAAGGGCAGAUGCCCAGCUUCCAACACCAGGUUCACCACUAUGCUUAAGCAUGAAAGGGCUAAACAAGAAAGGAAGCAGCAGCUAAAGAAAGAAGAAGCCGAGUCUGGCUUGUCAAAGUUAGCAUUCCUAGUCAGCCCAGUGCCUUUCAGGAGAAAAAAAUGCUUGCCUCCUCAAAAACGAACUGAAAAAACAAAAUCAAAGACAUCAGUUUAUGAAGCGCUGGACUCGGCUUUAAAGGACAUCUACGAACACAUUAAAGCUGAAAAAAGGAGGGGGAGCCUUCCAGAUAACAGUAUAUUACAUAGACUCCUAGCAGAACUGCUUCCUGAUAUUCCUGAAAGAAGCUCCUCUCUGAAAGCCAUGAGGAGGAGGAGCCCUUUACAACAGCCUUAUCAACAGCAGUCACAAGAUGGCCUUGUGAAUUAUGCUUCAUACCAGAUGGAUUAUGGAAGAUUACCCCGCAGUUCCUCGUAUCAAGAUAUGGACACCAACAACAACCAAGGGAACGAUAAUGCACAGUCUUAUCAAGAUCGGGAAUCCUCUAAGGGCUUUUCCUCUUUUGCUGAUGUGGGUCGAUAUACUCCAACAAGAGGAACUCCAGAUAGAGAGAAGCAGCAAGCCAGAGCUAUAUAUGAUUUUAAGGCUCAAACAUCAAAGGAACUGACAUUCAAGAAAGGAGACACGGUCUAUAUCCUCAGGCAAAUCGAUCAAAACUGGUAUGAAGGAGAACAUCACGGCCGAGUGGGGAUCUUCCCUAUUUCAUAUGUUGAGAAAGUAUCAUCGACAGAAAAAUCUCAGCCAGCAAGACCGCCCCCUCCAGCACAGACAAGAGAGAUAGGAGAGGCUGUGGCCAAAUACACCUUCACAGCAGACACUAAUGUGGAGCUGUCACUAAGAAAGGGAGACAGAGUCGUACUUCUUCGACAAGUGGAUCAGAAUUGGUAUGAAGGAAAGAUACCUGGAACCAGUAAACAAGGCAUAUUUCCAGUGUCCUAUGUGGAUUUCAUCAAGAAGGGCUCAAGAAGAAGCCCAGGCAACUAUCCGGAUCCAUCAAUACCUCAGAGCUAUUCCAGUGAUAUGAUACACACCUUAGCUUCUGCAAAGCCACAGCGCCCAGUCUUUGUCCAAGACAACUUGAAUAGUGGGGGAGAACCGUUUCAGGCGUUAUAUAAUUAUACUCCUAGAAAUGAAGAUGAGUUGGAACUCAACGAAGGGGAUGUUAUUGAUGUCAUGGAAAAGUGCGAUGAUGGGUGGUUUGUUGGAACUUCUAGAAGAAGCAAGUUCUUUGGUACCUUCCCAGGAAACUAUGUCAAGCAGUUGUAAUACUACUGAUUUGUGUCAGUGGUACAGUUUUUGUUUAGCACAACAACUACAAUGGAUAAGAACAGUUACAGAGGAAACAAAACACCACAGAGACUGUGUGUGUGUGUGUGUGUGUGUGUGUGUGUGUGUGUGUGUGUGUGUGUGUGUGUGUGUGUGUGUGUGUGUGUGUGUGUGUGUGUGUGUGUGUGUGUGCGUGCGUGCGUGCGUGUGCGUUUUUACACUAAAGAUAACCUUUAGCUAGAACUAGCCAUCUUCAUAGAAAACUAUUCCAGUAACAUUUUGAGUGAUUAUUGCUUUAUAUUCCACUCAUCCACUUAUAGCCAAGGACAAGUACAGUACAUUCAGCACAAAAAAAGGUUAUUGUUUUGGUCUGUGAAACAGAAAUCUAUGAAAAGUUUGAAUUGUACAGUUAAUUAUCUGUGCAUCUCAUUAUUUAUUAGCAGUGCUGUUUGCUGAGAUAAGAUGAAUGCAGAGGUUAACAAGUAUGAUGAGUCUGACACAGUAUGUUGCAUAUGUCCAGAUCUACAGUAAGGCAUGCCAUAUAGACUUGCUGAAUGAUUUACACGUUAAGUUAUUUCCACAAAACCCUAUUUGCCUUCAUGCUUGUUACAGGGUACAAUAUAACCUGCCUUGUCAAAUUAGAGUAGGUACAUUUUAUACCUUCUCACCAUAUGAAGAACAGGGUUCUAUUUUUUGCUUCAGAUGUUAUUCAUAGGAAAGGAAACUGAAGCCGCAAGUAAGAAAAAGCGUAACCAGUAUACAGUGUUAUACAUGAUUAGUGCCGAGCAUUAUGAUUUCCAUCAUUUUGAGGACUGUAAAUGUAAACCCAAAGUUUAGCAUAUUUCGUGCAGGAACUUUCAGAUGGAAGGGGCAUAUUUGCCUUUUAUAUGUAUUGAAGUAUGACAUAUAUGUUUAAUAUAAAACAGCCCUUGCAUAUACAGUAUGUAUGAAAGGGGACUUUCAUUUGAGCUCAUGUAAGACAUAACACAGCGGUCUGUGCAUUAUACAUGUGGAACAUAUAUUGGUUUUAGACAUGAGAGGAUUGAGGAAAAGCCUCAGAAUCACAAACAUUAAUUUAAAUGGGGGGGGGGGGUCGUCUUCAUUAUUGGCAGAUGGUAUUAUAACACUGCAACUUGUAUAUUGGUUUGAGCCAGUGGUCUAGUAUUAAAAAUACAAGCGCCGCAUUUCCCAGUUUUAAAACUAAAAGUUCAGUAUGAAAGGGCAUGUGCUGAUCCUUUAUGAGAAAAAUAUUGGUUUUCUAAUGUGACGACCACAACCAUGGAUUACGAUUGCUGGCCUCAGCAAUGCUGUCGUUUCUAUUAAAAUAACUAAUGUGUUGUGUUAAAUUUUGCACUUGCAGCAGCAUUCUUUUGUCUGGUACAUUUUAUUUUCCAGCUUGAGGAAUAUAUUAAUUACUUCAUUCAAUGAGAGCACUCUUUGGAUUUUUUUGUUUUUUGUUUUUUUUUAAAUCUGGACCUAGUAUAUUGCUUUCAAGCCUUCUAAAAUGUUGUUUGUAAACUUAUUUAAAGUGUUAUGUUGUUACAUUUUUCAAUAUAUUUGAAAACUUUUGUGUAUUUUUCUGUUUUAUAUAAAGGAGUGAAAUUGCUGCAGAGGUGCCAUUCAUCAAUUGGUUAAUUAAAGUAUUUGCUUUGUCAAUGAUCAUAUUUAAAAAGAAAUACACAUUUAUAUAUAAUUUUCAGCAAAGUAGUUAACUAUGUUCUCAUGCAUUCAUAACCUAUUAUGUUACAGAAAGUAUUGUGAGACAGGUGCUUUGUGAAAUAUUAUGGUGGGCAACAAAGUGUAUGAAGAAACCCUGUUUAUGUCCUUACAGUUCCAUUACUUUUGCUUUUGCAUUGUCCUUGUCAUAUUGCCUGAACUUUGUAUUGUAUGUAGUUUUGCCUUUUGUAAGUGUGUUUUUUGUACGGAACUGUUCAGCUGUUAACCCAAUUAAAUCCACUGCUUUAUAAAGUCUCUUUCACCCAGCAUCAGUUUCCUUUUUCUUUUGGUUCUUAAUUCAUUUCAUAUAUAUUGAUCACAAGCACACAUAGAUGGUGCUAAUCUGCAAAAUAGUUUUAUGCAAAAUUUUAUAAACACACUUUAGUAUUACCAGCAAAAAAAAAAAAACUAACUGUACAUAGAUCUUUAUAAGUAUAAAUAAACAGCAACAGUAAAUCUAGAAAAAUACAGUAGACUUUUGCAGUAUACCUUUGUUACAGCGACUUUCGUAGCAUAAAGCUUUGUAUUUCAGGAGCUUUCAAUUUUCAGGUAAAGUGCAUAGAGCUUUGCUGUGAGACUAACAUCUGUCUUUUAUGCCAUGUAUGAUGAACCUGUGUAUUUGUGCCUGUUGAAAUAAGAUUUUUUUCUUUUUUUUUCUGUUUCUGGUUUAUUGUUUAGACUUCAAAUAAAUUGAUUUGAUGCAAUUGCGUUCUUACAAACAAAAGGUGUUUUUUUUUGUGUGGAAUUGAAUACCUAAU